UCGUGUUGUUGUAUAGUUGGCUGCAGUGUCACCGCAUUUUAAUCGUAGUUGGGUUGAUGUUUGUUGUGUUUUGGAAGCAUGGCGAAUUUUAGCGAUGAUUUGUUCAGUGUUUUCGAGGAAAAUGAAGGUCAGGAUGAUUCCAUUCACACAAUAUCCUUACAUGAAGACUCUCGUGGAGAUGACCACACCUCUCAAGACAGCGCUGAGUUUAAAGAUAUAAGUAUUACCAGACCGGCCUCUGACCAAGUGAAACGAGAUUAUGAAGAUGAAUUUGGAGGUGGAGAAUCUGACCACAAAAAACUGAAAAGGGAAACUAUCCUUGAUGACAUAAAUAUCAGUGAGCUGCAGUCACGAAUAAAGGUCCACACUGUGGAAACAUUAGAAGCAUGUACACAUGAAGUGGCUGUACCACCUAAUAUGGAGUAUGUUCCUCUCAAACAGAUAACAACAAAACCAGCAAAGGAGUACAAAUUUAUUUUGGAUCCUUUCCAGAAGGAAGCUAUACUCUGUAUUGAUAAUAAUCAAUCAGUACUAGUUUCAGCACACACAUCAGCUGGGAAGACUGUUGUUGCUGAGUACAGUAUUGCCAUGUCACUCCGUGAUAAGCAGAGAGUGAUUUACACAACUCCUAUAAAAGCUUUGAGUAAUCAGAAGUACAGAGAGUUCUAUGAAGAAUUUAAAGAUGUUGGGCUUGUCACUGGAGAUGUUACCAUCAAUCCUUCGGCUAGUUGCCUCAUUAUGACAACAGAGAUCCUCAGGAAUAUGCUGUAUCGUGGGUCAGAAGUAAUGCGUGAAGUAGGCUGGGUUGUUUUUGAUGAAAUCCAUUACAUGCGUGACAAAGAACGUGGUGUUGUUUGGGAAGAAACACUUAUUUUGUUGCCGGACAAUGUACAUUACGUUUUUCUUUCGGCAACCAUCCCAAAUGCUCGUCAGUUUGCUGAAUGGGUAGCACAUUUACAUCGUCAGCCUUGCCAUGUUGUCUAUACCGAUUACAGGCCAGUGCCUUUGCAGCACUAUAUUUUUCCUGUUGGUGGCGAUGGAAUUCACAUGGUUGUGGAUGAAGCAGGCCAGUUCAAGGAGGAUAAUUUCAACAAAGCAAUGGCAGUUCUGCAGAAUGCUGGAGAUGCUGCUAAAGGUGACCAGAGGGGUCGACGAGGUGGAAUGAAAGGCGAAACAAACAUCUAUAAAAUUGUAAAAAUGAUCAUGGAGAGACAAUUUGCACCAGUCAUUAUUUUCAGUUUCAGCAAAAAGGACUGUGAACUUUAUGCUAUGCAGAUGGCAAGAUUGGAUUUUAAUACUGCUGAAGAAAAGAAAUUAGUGGAUGAAGUAUUCAAUAAUGCAAUGGAUGUUUUAUCCAAAGAGGAUCGUCAGCUUCCUCAGGUGGAAAAUGUUCUACCACUUCUUCGAAGAGGGAUUGGUAUUCACCAUGGAGGAUUAUUGCCAAUUUUGAAGGAAACUAUAGAAAUUCUAUUUGCUGAAGGUUUAAUAAAAGCUUUGUUUGCAACUGAAACUUUUGCAAUGGGUCUUAAUAUGCCUGCCAGAACGGUGUUAUUUACUGGCCCUCGAAAAUUUGAUGGAAAGGAUUUUCGUUAUCUUACAUCAGGAGAAUAUAUUCAGAUGUCUGGAAGAGCAGGUCGACGUGGUUUGGAUGAAAAAGGGAUUGUAAUCCUUAUGAUUGAUGAAAAAGUAAGCCCAGCUGUAGGCCGUGACAUUGUGCAAGGCCUGCCAGAUCCCAUAAACUCGGCUUUCCAUCUUACUUAUAAUAUGGUCCUCAAUCUCUUGCGUGUGGAAGAAAUUAAUCCAGAAUAUAUGCUGGAGAGAAGUUUCUUCCAGUUUCAAAACCAGUCAUCUAUACCUCAUCUGUAUGAAAAAGCACAGAGGCUCCAGAACGAACACGAUUCCAUUAUUGUUCCAAAGGAAGCCCAAGUGGCUUCAUAUUACAGAAUCAGGCAACAACUGGAACAGUUAGGGAAGCAGUUCCAUACAUUCCUCACAAAGCCUGAAUAUAUCAUUCCUUUCUUGCAGCCAGGAAGGAUGGUAAAGGUAAAAAACGAAGAUGAAGAAUUUGAAUGGGGUAUUAUUAUUAAUUUCAAGAAGGAAGGUGAGGCUACUCCAGGAAAGAAGAAGGGCAAUCCUAUGAAUGCACCCACCAUAGUUGUGGAUGUUUUGCUUCAUGUAGCUGAAGGGACUGGUGGAGCAGCCUCGGGCCAGCCCAAGCCGUGCCCAGAAGGAGAGGCUGGAGAGGUUGAAGUUGUUCCAGUUCUGCACACAUUGAUAUCAAAAAUAAGUUCUCUCCGUUUGUAUUAUCCAAAAGAUUUACGACCCCCAGAUAAUAGGAAAUCUGUUCUGAAAACAAUCCAGGAAGUGAAGAGACGGUUUCCAAAAGGCAUACCACUUUUGAAUCCAAUUACAGACAUGCACAUAAAGGAUAACAUCUUUGAAGAUGUUGUUAAAAAGAUUACAGCGUUUGAGGAAAGGCUGUAUGCUCACCCACUGCAUGAAGAUCCAGAUUUAGAUGAACUGUAUGCUAUGUAUGAGAAGAAGUACCAGGUCGCUGAGGAGCUGAAGGCUGUUAAACAAGAAUUGAAGCAAGCAAAAUCAUUACUGCAGAUGGAUGAACUUAAGUGUAGGAAAAGAGUUUUAAGAAGGUUAGGCUAUUGUACAGCUACUGAUGUAAUUGAAAUGAAGGGAAGAGUUGCAUGUGAACUGAGCAGUGGGGAUGAACUGCUUAUGACAGAAAUGAUAUUCAAUGGCAUGUUCAAUGACCUUUCAGUACCACAGUCUGUUGCACUUUUGAGUUGUUUUGUGUGUGAUGAGAAGAGUUCGGAAAUGCCAAAGAGGUCAGAAGAGUUAGCUGGUCCCUUAAGACAAAUGCAGGAUCUGGCACGGAGGAUAGCAAGAGUCAGCGCAGAAGCAAAAUUAGAUGUAAAUGAAGAUAAUUAUGUAGAUCAAUUUAAACCAUUCCUUAUGGAUGUUCUGUAUGCAUGGUGCAAGGGAGCUACAUUUUUGCAGCUCUGCAAAAUGACAGACAUAUUUGAAGGAAGUAUAAUCAGAUGCAUGAGGCGCCUUGAGGAAAUUCUUCGGCAGCUGUGUCAAGCGGCAAAGAAUAUCGGUAAUACUGAUUUAGAAAACAAGUUUAGUGAGGGUAUCAAGUUAAUGAAAAGAGAUAUAGUAUUUGCUGCUAGCUUAUAUCUGUAACCAGGAAUGACUUCUAUGUGAAUAAUUUUAGAAGUGUGCAGUGACAAGAACAUAUUUUUGUAUAUUUUGUUGAUACGAAAAUUAACAUGUGUGAAAUACAUGCAAAUAUAUUUGAAGAGACUGUGACUUAUUUGCUGAAAAUAUUAUGGGAGACAUGUUGUGAUUUGCAUUUUAUUAUAUAUUUUAGCUUUUGUAAGAGCAAAAGUAAUGUUUCCUGGAAGCUGGGUGAUUUUGUGUAAAAAAAAAAUUAGUGACUUUACAGCAGAAAUAUUCUCUUUUCUGCAAUUGACAAAAGUGAUUAGACCAGGAGGCUGUGCUGGCUGAGAAAUGGAAUGAACUAAGCUAACAGGAAUACACACCUCUAGCCUAUGGAAGUAAAUUUUUUUCAGCACACAAUUGAAAGAGAUCAGAACAAAGUUAUUUAUUGGCAACAUAACAAAUAAUUCAGAGCAGAACUUUGUCAGCUAUUUGUGACAAGUUGAUUAUAAUAAAAACUGACUGUUUAUGUUUUGUAAA